GUUAUUCUUCAUCUAUUUUCUGUCCAGCCAUCUAAGACUAAAACGAAAGGCAAAAGUGGGAAGCAGAAAAAAGACAAGAGGCCCAGGGCUCAGGCGACUAAGACUAAAGGGGAAACCAAGGAGAGGGUUGAGGAGAAGUCGCCUGCUGUGGUCGACGGGCCUUCAACGGCAGAAAGGAGGAAGGACCAGCUGUGGGAGGAGUGUGUGAGCCUCCAAGAGGAACUCCAGAGGGUGCAGAAGGAGAAAAAGUACUUUCAGAUUAAGAGGGACAAGGCCCUAAGAUCCUAUGGAAACUCCAAGAGAAACCUGGAGGAGCUCAAGGCCAGGAUGAGAGAAAAGCACAGGUUGAAACAGGAGGCUGAGAUACGCCAUCUAGCAGAAACUGAAGAGUACCAGCAGAAGCUGACACAGUUGGAGAAUGCAAACCACAGGGAGAUCUGUGAGCUGAAGAUGGCCGCCUCUGCCAUGACUUCAAAGACUCAUAAAGAGUGUGUGGGUUCAGAGGUCGAGCUUCUGAAGAAAAUGGACCGUUUACAGGCAGACAGGGGGGAGAGAGAGUUCCACACAGAAAUCUACAUUAGGAAGCUCAAGCAGAAACAACAGGAUGAAUUAAGGGAACUAAACGUGAGCUAUGAAAAGCAAUUAAGAGAAAUGGAGGCCCAAUAUAAGGACAAAAUAAAAAUCAUGGUUGAAGACAACAAGAUACAAACACAAACUGAGCUCAAUGAGAUUAACAAGAGAAUGAAAAAAUUCACCACAAGUAUUAUAGAGGAGCACGAUAAAGCUUGGGGACAGUCCAUUAACAAUGUAAACUUAGCAAGCUUGAAGAGGAAGAAGCUAGAGAAAGACCUUGACAUUGCGAAGGAAACAGACAAGAAACUGGAUAGGAGGAUGGCUGCAGCUGUGCAGAAGAAGAAACGCCUGACAGAGUCUCUGCAGGAAAUGGAGCAGAAGUUGUCUGAGAGGCGCCAAGAACUGAUAGUCCAGAGAAAGGCCAUGGCCAAGAGACUGAAGAGGAGCAACGCCAUAACUGCACGUAUACUCGAGAAGAGACGGGACCUGUAUUUGAAGCACCAGCAGUUGGAGAUUAAACACGUACAGUGUCAGCAGGAAUAUGAAGAGCUGCAGAAGACACAGACCGAGGCCACUCUGGAAGUGCAGCGUCAGAGUGACCUGAAGGUCUUGGUGCUGGAGAGGCAGAUAAAGGCCGUUGAAGAAACUCUGGAGAAGGAGCAGCUUAAACUCUGGGUGGCACUCGCCUUUGGACAGGGAGACCAGACAGCUGCAGAAAACAUUAAGGAACUGUUUAAGUCCAAACAAGCCACCAUCAGGGAACUGAAGGAUGACAUCUCUCGAGAGUUAAUGGAGUAUGACAACUUUGUUAAGAAAGCGACUGCUUUGAAGCUCUCUGUGGACAAGCUCCCAAGGGGUGACAUCAAAAAAUCCAUCAGGAAGGCCUCGGAGGACAGCAUGAAAUUAGAUGACUUGAUUCAGGAGCUGAUGGUUUUGUGCAUCUCUGAGGACAACUCUGUCCAAAAGGAGGUCCUGAGCCUGAACCCUGCUGGUGCCAAUCCAGACAGUGAACUCCUGCAGCCCUCAGGAGCCUCUGAGGCGUCAGAUGUCCAAUGGUGAAAAAUCUGCUUCAUCAGUUUGAAACAUUUUACACUUUAAAUCACUUAUUUCCUCCAUGUUUAUGGCAGAGAAUGUCACCAGGAGCACCAGUAGAGUAUGUACCAUUGGUGGUAAAUGUGACUGUGUGACUGUGGUCAUUCAUUGAUUUAUUAAGCAUUAAAACAUGGCUCUUUUUUUCACUGGACUAAUUACUUCUUACUCCAGUGCUAAUGCUUUUAGUUUUGUUGAAGAUUUAAGAUUGAUAUUGUAGAUGUAAUAUUUUUAAUACAUUUUCUUUGUUUAUUUAUAUAUUUGUCUUGCCUUUUUGGCCUGGUACCGACAUUUCUUACUUAAAUUCUUUAAUUGGAGAAGAUGUUUAUUCCACAUUUAUAAUUGUAAAUUUCAAUGGUGUAGCAUUAAGUCCUGAAUCUUGUCCUUCCCCUUUCUGUGCAAUAAAUAAAUGAAUCAUUUUGAA